CCACAUCUCUGAAGGAAGCCAAGGCAGGUCGGGCGCUCGCAAAGCGCCUCAGAUGCCCGCCGCGUCCAGCGCCUUCUCUGGCGCCACAAACGCCUUCCCGCGAACGUCGGAGCCAAUCAGCGCCCGGGACGUCUCGCAGGCCAAUCAGCGCCCGCGGACCCGGCGCCCGAGUCCGGGACGCGCCUGCCCGAGUCGGGCGGGACGCCGCUGCGGCCAUCUUUCCUACGGGCGCCGCUUCCGGAGCGCGCAGGCCCGUAGGCACCGGACGUGCCACGGCGCGUCCGCGAACGCUGCCGUGCACACGCCCCUUCCGAGGGCCGGGCGGAAACACCCGGCCGAGGCGCCGUGCGUCACUUCCGGCUUGGCGUGCCUGCUCCCACCCAUCUCCGGCCAGUCAGAAGCCGUCGCUCUGGCGCGUAGCUGCUCGUCGCGCCCGUCGCGGCGUCGUCCUGUCCGCGGCCCUGUGCGCCCCGCCCGGAGCAGGCCUCCCGGAAGCCCCCGGAGCUCGAGCGCCCUCGGCCGGGACGGCUUCAAGAAGGCAGCGGGGCGGCGCCCGCCACGGUCCGGCCUUGGGCGGUGGGCCGUGGGCCGGCCCCCGCUCCCAGCGCCGCAGACGGUCAGGUCUUGCCCAUGUGAUCCGGUCACCGACGCCUCGUCAGGGCCCGGCCGCUCCGCCCCCCGCGGCCCUAAGCGUGUGUCUCGUCUCGCAGGCCAGGCCUCUCGGGGAGCGUCGGGCCACCUUCGAGCGGCGCCGAGUCGUGGAGAACCGGGGGAAGUGGGUUUUCUGCGCAGGAAGUUCUGGCACAUCUCUGACCUGCACCUUGACCCGGACUACCAGGUGUCUGAAGACCCCCUGCAGGUGUGCCCAUCGGCCGGCUCGCAGCCCGUGCCCAGCGCUGGCCCUUGGGGAGACUACCUUUGCGACUCUCCCUGGGUCCUCAUCAACUCCUCCAUCCAUGCCAUGAAGGAGCUCGAACCGGAGCCCGACUUCAUUCUCUGGACAGGGGACGACACACCCCACGUGCCCGACGAGAGACUGGGUGAGGCCGCAGUGCUGGAGAUCGUGGGCCGCGUGACCCGGCUCAUCAGGGAGGUUUUUCCAGACACUAAAGUCUAUGCUGCCCUGGGAAACCAUGACUUUCACCCCAAAAACCAGUUCCCCGCCGGGAGCAGCGACAUCUACACUCGGGUGGCAGAGCUGUGGAGCCCCUGGCUGAGCAACGAGUCCAUGGCUCUCUUCAAAGAAGGUGCUUUCUACACGGAGCAGCUACCGGGGCUCGGCAGGGCGGGCCGGGUCCUGGUGCUCAACACCAACCUGCACUACAGCGCCAACGCGCAGACGGCUGGCAUGGCUGAUCCUGGCGGCCAGCUCGAGUGGCUGGACGGUGUGCUGACCCAGGCGGCCCACGCCGGGGAGAAGGUGUACAUCUCAGGCCACGUCCCCCCUGGGUUCUUCGAGAAGACGCGGAACAAGGCCUGGUUCCGGGAGGACUUGAACGAGCAGUACCUGCAGCUGGUCCGGAAGCACCACCAAGUCAUAGCCGGGCAGUUCUUCGGGCACCACCACACCGACAGCUUCCGUCUGUUCUACGACCAGGCAGGCGCCCCCAUCAGUGCCAUGUUCCUCACGCCGGGCGUCUCCCCAUGGAAGACCACACUACCUGGGGUGGCCAAUGGAGCCAACAACCCAGGCAUCCGGGUGUUCGAGUAUGACCGAGCCACGCUGAGCCUGCAGGACAUGGUGACCUACUUCAUGAACCUGAGCCAGGCGAACGCACAGGGGACUCCGCGCUGGGAGCUCGAGUACCGGCUGACCCAGGCCUACGGGGUGCGCGAUGCGAGCGCCCGCUCCAUGCACGAGGCGCUGGGCCGCAUCACCGGCAACCGGGACGCGCUGCAGCGCUACUUCGUCUACAACUCGGUGGGCUACGAUGCCGGGGCCUGCGACGAGCGCUGCCGCACCGAGCACGUGUGUGCCAUGCGCCACGUGGCUUUCGCCGCCUACUACGCCUGCCUGGGCUCCACCGACCCCGCGUCCCGGCCGGCGCCCGCGCCCUGGCUGCUGCUGCUGCUGCUGCUGCUGGCGCUGCAGGCUGUGCUCGUCCGCUGCCCUGAUGGCGUCGCCGCGGCCUCCCGGGCGCCCUCCGCCCCGCGGUCGCCCCGGACAGCCGGACUCUGUGGGGAGUGAGGGGGCGGGGGCGAGGCCCGGCCCGCAAGCAUGCCUCUCUCGGGAUUACCCACAAGAACGACGCCCGGCCUGCC